AUGGAAGAAGAAGAAGAAAAGACGCAGAAAUUGCAGAAGGAGAAUAAGAAGAAGCAACAGGAGGAAGAAGGCGACAGAAAACAACAACAAGACCAGUUUUCUCCAUCUGCGAAAUCUCCAGUCAACAAUCGUAACCCAGAGAUGUCUUCUAGAUCAUCGCUUCACUCAUUACCACCAACGACGGUUGAUUCUCCUCCUGAUUCACCCACCGUCUCUUCAAUCCCCGAUAGCCAUGGAUCUUCACCUCACACGAUCGUCCCGACUCCGUCCGUGGCUUCCGUCGCGGCGAAGAACGAGACUCCUUUUAGGAUUACAAACGAAGACUUCACGGAGCAGAAACUCGGCGAGAGCAGGAGGCAACUGAGACCGAGCUUCUCUACGCCGCGUGAAUCGAAAUGGGCGAGUUUUGUUAGGAAAGCCUUGCUUGGAUUUAGGGUUUCUGCUUUCGUGUCCUGUCUCGUUUCGUUUUCCGUUAUGGUUGCUGAUAGAGAUAAAGGAUGGGCUCGUGAUUCUUUCUACAAAUACAAAGAGUUCAGGUUCUGUUUGGCUGCGAAUGUGAUUGGUUUUGUCUACUCAGCUUUUAUGAUAUGUGAUCUCCUCUAUCUAUUAUCUACUAGCAUUCGCAGAUCACGGCACAACCUCCGACAUUUCUUGGAAUUUGCUCUUGAUCAAAUGAUAGCGUAUCUUCUUGCAUCGGCUUCAACUUCAGCUUCGAUCCGUGUAGAUGAUUGGCUAUCAAACUGGGGAGUAGACAAGUUCCCAGACUUAGCUAGAGCAUCUGUCUCAUUGUCUUUCGUCUCCUUUGUCUCAUUCGCCUUUUGCUCCUUGGCUUCCGGUUAUAGCCUCUGUUCACUACGAUCUAUCUAA